CUUCUGGAUGCGUUCAGAGCUGGGACCGGAAGUCGCGCAGGGUUAUCCUUGUGGCUUGACUGCGCUCUCUGUCCCGCAAAAUCCCGCAGCUGGCAUGAGUUUAGGAUCCGUGAGUGGAAAAAAGAGGGGGGAAUGAACAACACGCCGCCAGGAUUACGGUUGCUCAGGCCUCCUACAGUUAUAGGCCAGUUCCACACCUUGUUUUUCGGCUCCGUGCGGAUGUUCUUCCUGGGCGUCCUUGGCUUUGCCGUCUAUGGGAAUGAGGCGCUGCACUUCAGCUGCGACCCCGACCGCCGAGAACUCAACCUUUACUGCUACAACCAGUUUAGGCCCAUAACACCGCAGGUCUUCUGGGCAUUACAGCUGGUAACAGUCCUGGUUCCUGGAGCAGUAUUCCACCUUUAUGCCGCUUGUAAGAACAUAGACCAGGAGGAGAUCCUCGAGCGACCCAUCUACACAGUCUUCUACAUCAUUUCUGUUCUCCUGCGCAUCAUUUUGGAAGUCAUCGCCUUCUGGCUACAAAGUCAUCUCUUCGGCUUUCAGGUUCACCCACUGUACAUGUGUGAUGCCAGUGCUUUGGAAAAGGCUUUUAAUGUGACAAAGUGCAUGGUACCCGAACACUUUGAGAAAACCAUCUUCCUCAGUGCCAUGUACACCUUCACCGUAAUCACCAUACUUCUCUGUAUUGCCGAGAUAUUUGAAAUACUCUGCCGACGGCUGGGCUAUCUCAAUAAUCAGUGACACAAGUGCACAGAUAAAAUGACUUGGGGUAAACCUGUGUGACACCUUAUCUGCCAGUUUUACCGGGCUCCUGCCGGCUACGGCUGGACUUUUAUAAAACAGGAAGCGAACAGAAGACCAAAACCUCACCUGUGGUCAAUUGUGAGUAAGUGGCACUAAGAAAUUUGAGACAGUCCAACAAUGUCAGAGCUGGCAAGUCUGAAAUAACCUCCAGAGUUUAACCAUAACUAUAGAGUGAUGAUCCCUGGUUGUAUAUCAGAUAUCAGUGGGUCUGUACUGGUUGUGUCCAAAGGUGUUGUGUGGACAAUAGUUACCUCUUACUGAACACUUGGGGAUGGACUAGAAAGACUUUUGGUUUUCUUUUUUUUCCUACAAGACAUGACUGAAGGACAGACUUCAUGGUGCUACUAAAAACUCUUUCCAGAUGGAUUACAGCCCAAUGUCAAACACCUCAAAGGCCCAUUACAAUCUUUUCUUGGAGUUGUACCUCAGAUCUGCCUAUACAGAAGAAACCCCGGAAGCAUUAGCUGCACACAUUUUUCUAAAGGGCCUGACAUGCACUAAAUGCAUCAUGGUUCAUCGAGCCAACUUGGUGCAUCCUCUGUGGACUCUGUUCACUUAUGGAGUGCCAACCUAAACAGUUCUUCUUACGGUGCAAAAAGAUCUGACUGGAAGGCGUAAGGUCUUCAUGUAAUGUAACUGUAAACAAUGCAAUUAACUGAAGAGCUAGUCACAUUAUUCUGUAUAAAGUGCAGAUGAACAUAACUGUCUAGCUUGCCUUUCAGGUGCCGACCACCAAACAUGACAGGCACAUCGCAGAGCUGGCCACAGAUUGUCACUCAUGCCAUGCAUAAGAAACUGUCAUCCAGUAACCUUACCCAUGGGCAAGUGAAUUGCAGGUGCCAUUGCUUCCGACACUUGUAUGUGUGACAGUUAUCGCUUCCAAUGUGUGUCUGAUGUUGCUCAAGGUCUGUUCUGACCUUCACUUCGAUCAGCACGAGCACCACAACUUUGUUGUCAUUUCAUAUAAGAUGGUAGUUCUUAAACAACUUGAUCAUCAAGCUCAUGCGCCGGUUGAGCCUAAACAUAUGCUUGAGUUUACCUCAGUGAGAUUAAAAGGCAUCUUCAGACCACUGAUGCGUCUUACCAAAGAUGCCAUUGCUAAAAUGGUUGCUAUGUAGUGUUUUACUCUUCAAGGUAAAGAUCUGCCCAAAGAUACAACUUAAUAUGAAAUGGGUUUGAUGCAAUGAACUACGAAAAGGAAGAAAACACCUUGUAAUAUAUAUUUUUUAAAAACUUCAUCAAAAUCUAUCACCUGAAAAAUCAGAGUUAAAAAGUAACAAUUAGAUUUGGCUGUAAAAAUGUGUUGAAAUGAAAAUGUUUCAGUUAUAUAGUAGUACUAAAGUUGUAAUGGUUUUGAAAUUUCUGAAACAAAGCAUCAAGCUCCAGUUAGAACAUACAUAUGUUAAUUUUUUGUUAAUAGGUAUUUAAUAAAAUUCUACUGGCAGAUUUGUUGAAAUCCAAGCUGGAGAAGGUUCAAGCCAUUCACGGUUCUGAACGUUCUGGGACACCAGAAGAGGUGUCCUGAGUCCCCCGCCUUUGCUUCACCCUUUUUUCUUUGCUUGAAGUAUUAAUACUUUCUGUAAUAUUUUCCUUUGGUGUCAUUGUCCAUGUAUUUUGAAAAAGAUUACCUCAUGUUUUGUAAUGUUUUAUUUUUAAUCAGACAUCCAUCCAACUUUUGUUAUGAAGUUUUCAGCAAUCUGUUCAUCAUCUCAGGUACAAAAUUGCAUUACACGACAAAAGUGGAUCAAACCCUCUUUCCGAACCCUUUUAAACCCUUAACCCUUUUCCUCUCUCUGUGUCAUCACUCCAGUUGCAGGGUUUAGAAGGGUUUGAACCAGGUAUGUGACUCCUGUGAUUUGGGUUUGUCUGCGUUCUGGUAUCUGUGACUGGACGAUGGUUUUAAAUUUUGCCUCUAAAAGUUC